AAACCCCACUUUAAUCCUGUCCACAAACUCCAUGUAAAGUGUUUAUCAUGCUGAAAUAGUUCGAUCGCUGUCAUCCCGAGCAUUUCGAGGUCCUCCUGUGAAGCUGAAAGACCCGCAGAAGUUGGGCAGAAGCCACUUUAGAAGUUUGGGGGCUGCGCUUUGAGCAGGAACUCCACAGCAGCAGCAGCAGCAGCAGCAGGAGAGCCAUGGCGCUCACAGCGAGAGCUUUAUACGACUUCGCUUCUGAAAAUCCCGGAGAGAUUUCUGUGGUGGAAAACGAGAUUUUAACUUUAUACAGCGAGGAUGUGGUGGACGGAUGGCUAGAAGGCACAAACAGUCGGGGAGAGUCGGGACUCUUCCCCGCGUCCUACGUGGAGAUCUUAAGAUCUGAAGGAUUUUCAGUCCAGGGCAACGGGACUGCUGGAAGCGUCUACAACCCCAGGACCGGAAGUGAGUCCUGUUCCUACCAAGUGAGAGGGGACACGUCAAGUGAGUCAACCCCUCAGAGACACGGUUAUCCGACAAACCAAGGCAGCGAUGACGACUGGGACGACGACUGGGACGACAACCCGACAACGACGACAACGACGAUGAUGACGAUUCACGACCCGAGCGUCCACCAGCACAAACACCAACCCAGUCGCACCAAUUCGGUGUCUUCACGUGGCAGCGGUGGCCACCAAGCCCGAAGCUCAGCGACGGUUGGGAAGAACCUCAACAGGUUUUCCACUUUUGUGAAAUCAGGAGGCGAGGCAUUUGUUCUGGGCGAGGCGUCCGGAUUGGUCAGGGAUUGCGAUCAAAUCUGCGUGGUCAUGGGUCAGUUCGGUCCCGAGUGGCAAGAGAGUCCGCAUCCUUUCACGUGCACCAUUGACGAUCCGACCAAACAGACCAAGUUCAAAGGGAUGAAGAGUUACAUGUCAUACGGCCUCACGCCCAGCCACACGCAAAACCCAGUGAACCGGCGCUACAAACAUUUUGACUGGCUGUACGCACGCCUCGUCGAACGCUUCCCAGUCAUCUCAGUUCCCCACCUUCCUGAGAAGCAGGCCACUGGCCGCUUCGAGGAGGACUUCAUUUGCAAGCGCAGGAAGGGUCUGAUCUGGUGGAUGAACCACAUGACGAGCCACCCGGUUUUAUCCAGGUGCAACGUCUUCCAGCACUUCUUGACCUGCAGCAGCAGUGACGAGAAAGCCUGGAAGCAGGGCAAGCGCAAGGCAGAGAAAGAUCACCUGGUGGGUGCCAACUUCUUCCUCACCAUCGUUCCGCCGCCUGUCCCACUCGACCUCCAAGAAGUAGAAAGCAAAGUGGAUGGCUUCAAGAUGUUCACCAAAAAGAUGGACGAGAACAUUGUGCAAGUCAACGUGACUAUUGGCGAGUUUGCCAGGAAGCAGAUGACCGGAUUUAAAAAGGAGUAUCAGAAAGUCGGACAGGCCUUUCGAUUGCUCGGGCAGGCCUUCGAAUUGGACCAGCAGGUGUAUUCGGUCAAGCUGAACCAAGCGAUGGCGUUCACCGGGGCUGCUUAUGAGACCAUCGGGGACUACUUUGCCGAACAACCUCGCCAGGAUCUGGAUCCGGUGUCGGAUCUUUUAGCGAUAUACCAGGGACAUCUAGCAAACUUCCCAGACAUCAUCCACGUUCAGAAAGGAGCGCUGACCAAAGCCAAGGAGAGCCAGAAGGACAAAGACGUCCCGGUGGCGCAUGACAUCCACGAGCGCUGCAACAUCAUUUCCUGUGCCACUCUGGCUGAGAUCCAGCACUUCCACCGCACCCGAGUACGCGACUUCAAGGCCCAGAUGCAGCACUACCUCCUGCAGCAGAUCUCCUUCUUCCAGAAGAUCACAGCCAAACUGGAGGAAGCACUGCACAUGUACGACCAGGUGUAAAAAGUCAUGGACAGAAACCCUUCAACGCUGCAAUCCUGAAAGAGCGUGUACAAUCAGGAAAACGGAAGACUGCACGCUGUAGACGUUCAUCACGUUUCUUCAACAGGAGACAUUCGGAACACGUGUAGGACAUAAUAUUUACACACAAAUCAAAACAGAGGCCCAAAAAAUGCAGCACUUCUCACUCUUAUUUUCCAUUUUGGAACAAAAACAACAAAGACAUCCUUUUUUUGCUUGUUUUUUUCUUUUCUUUUUUUUUUAACAUGAGUAUUUAGUGGGGCGGCACGGUGGUGUAGUGGUUAGUGCUGUCGCCUCACAGCAAGAAGGUCCGGGUUCGAGCCCUGUGGCCGGUGAGGGCCUUUCUGUGCGGAGUUUGCAUGUUCUCCCCGUGUCCGCGUGGGUUUCCUCCGGGUGCUCCGGUUUCCCCCACAGUCCAAAGACAUGCAGGUUAGGUUAACUGGUGACUCUAAAUUGAGUGUAGGUGUGAAUGUGAGUGUGAAUGGUUGUCUGUGUCUAUGUGUCAGCCCUGUGAUGACCUGGCGACUUGUCCAGGGUGUACCCCGCCUUUCACCCGUAGUCAGCUGGGAUAGGCUCCAGCUCGCCUGCGACCCUGUAGAACAGGAUAAAGCGGCUACAGAUAAUGGAUGGAUGGAUGGAGUAUUUAGUGUUCACUAAUUCUGAAAUCAGAACAAUUUACAGAGUGAUAACAUCAAGCAAAAACAGUAAUAUUACUGUCAAAAUAUUAGUACAAAAUUCUAAAUCAUAUAAAAUUUUGCAAUUUUGAAU